AUGGCUGAUUCCCUUACCGAAGAGCAAGUCUCCGAGUUCAAGGAGGCUUUCUCCCUCUUUGACAAGGAUGGCGAUGGCCAAAUCACGACCAAGGAGCUCGGUACUGUCAUGCGCUCCCUGGGUCAGAACCCCUCCGAGUCGGAACUCCAGGACAUGAUCAACGAGGUCGACGCUGACAACAACGGAACUAUUGACUUCCCUGAGUUUCUGACCAUGAUGGCCCGCAAGAUGAAGGACACCGAUUCCGAGGAGGAGAUCCAUGUGACGGUGCUGGGACUUGCCAGCCAGUGCCAGGCUGGACCUGAACUGCACCUACACUGCACCUCCAGCCCGCCCAGAGGACUUAGUAUCCUGGUGAAGCAAUUCAUUCGCAAUGUUCGUGCCGCCAAGACUAUUGCCGAUGAGCGAGCCGUUAUUCAGAAGGAGAGCGCAUCUAUUCGAGCAAGCUUCAGAGAGGAAAGCGGUGAUCACAGCGUCAGGCGAAACAAUGUCGCCAAGCUUCUCUAUCUCUUUACUCUCGGCGAGAGAACCCAUUUCGGUCAGAUCGAGUGUCUGAAGCUACUGGCUUCACCGCGGUUUGCAGACAAACGACUUGGCCACCUGGCUACGAGUCUGCUACUCGAUGAGAACCAAGAAGUUCUGACAUUGGUGACGAACUCGCUGAAGAACGACCUCUCCCAUUCCAACCAAUAUGUUGUCGGUUUGGCUCUUUGUACUUUGGGCAACAUCGCCUCCAUCGAAAUGUCCCGAGACCUUUUUGCGGAAGUCGAGGCCUGCAUUAACACGUCGAACCCUUACAUACGAAGAAAGGCUGCCCUCUGCGCCAUGCGGAUAUGUCGCAAGGUUCCUGAUUUGCAGGAGCACUUCGUGGAUAAGGCCAAUCAGCUCUUGGCUGACAGAAACCAUGGGGUCUUGCUCUGUGGUCUUACGCUGGUUACCAGCUUGUGCGAGGCUGACGAGGAAGAAGGCGGAGAGGAAGGCAUUGUCGAAAAGUUUAAAACGCUCGUACCCGGCCUGGUAAGAACAUUGAAGGGGCUAGCGACGUCUGGGUACGCUCCUGAACACGACGUUACGGGCAUUACCGAUCCAUUCGUGCAAGUCAAGAUUUUGCGCCUUCUCAGAGUGUUGGCGAUGGGAGAUGCGCAAGUCAGCGAACAGAUCAACGACAUUUUGGCUCAGGUGGCGACCAACACAGAUUCUUCCAAGAAUGUUGGAAACUCGAUCUUAUACGAAGCUGUUCUUACGAUUCUCGACAUUGAGGCCGAUUCUGGGCUGCGCGUGCUCGGUGUUAACAUCCUCGGCAAGUUUCUAUCCAACAGGGACAACAAUAUCCGCUAUGUUGCACUCAAUACUCUGAUCAAAGUGGUGGCUAUCGAGCCAAACGCCGUGCAGAGGCACCGAAACACUAUUCUCGAGUGUUUAAGGGACCCAGACAUCAGCAUUAGGAGACGUGCUCUAGAACUCAGUUUUACCCUUAUUAACGAAAGCAACGUCCGGGUCCUCAUCCGGGAGCUUCUCGCAUUCUUGGAGGUUGCCGAUAAUGAGUUUAAGCCAACAAUGACUAGUCAAAUAGGCAUUGCAGCCGACAAGUUUGCGCCCAACAAACGCUGGCACGUUGAUACUAUGCUCAGGGUACUGACUCUUGCCGGAAACUAUGUCAAGGAGCCUAUCAUGUCCUCGUUCAUUCGACUCGUUGCCACCACACCCGAACUACAGACAUACGCGGUUCAGAAACUUUACACCAACUUGAAAAAGGACAUUACACAAGAGAGUCUUACGCAAGCCGGGGCGUGGUGCAUCGGCGAGUACGGGGACGCUCUACUAAGAGGUGGCCAAUACGAAGAGGAAGAGCUUGUGCAGGAGGUCAAGGAACACGAAAUCAUUGACUUAUUCUCGUCCAUCCUCAACAGCAACUAUGCCACUCAAGUAUCGACUGAAUAUAUUGUCACAGCUCUCAUCAAACUAACCACGAGACUGUCCGAUUCGGCGCAGAUCGGUCGGGUUCGCCAGCUUCUCGAAAAUCACCAAACAAGUCUCGAUGUCGAGGUGCAGCAGAGAGCCGUCGAGUACAGCAACUUAUUUUCUUACGACCAAAUCCGCAACGGCGUUCUCGAGAAGAUGCCACCCCCUCAAAUCAAGGAAGAGUCCCGCGUUCUUGGCCCGGCGACGACCAAGAAGUCUUCCAAGGCCGCAAAUAGGAGAUCGCGGGUUGUCAAGCCCACUGAGCAAGAUUUGCUGUUCGAUCUCAUGGAUACUCCUCCCGCCACAACACCUGCUACUGGCGGAGCCUCCAAUACUGAUCUUCUUGCCGAUAUUCUAGGCGGCACCUCGUCUCCUCCUACAUCGACCUCUCCUCAACCACAGCAGUCAAACGUUGCCUCAAUAAUGGAUCUAUUCGCUCAAGACCCUGCCCAAAAUGCCACGUCCUCUGCUCCCGCUGUCGGAGGUGCCUCAAACUUGGACCUAAUGUCUUCAAUGUCUGCCGCAACUCCUCAGCCUCAGCCGCAGGCAGCUCUACAGGCACCGGUGGGUCUGCCUGUUUAUGACAACAACGGCCUUAAUGUUAGCUUCCAGAUCCAACGCAACGCCGAAGGCCUUGUACAGACUAUAGCGCGGUUCAGGAAUGUCAGCUCGGGCUCUCUGUCUAAUGUUGGGCUACAGGCAGCUGUGCCCAAGACGCAGAAGCUGCAGCUCAUGAGCAUCUCCAGCACAGAUCUGGGACCUGGUGCUGAAGCGACCCAGAGAAUGAUUGUUUCUGGGGCCAAGGGACUGUUUUCGCCCACAUCUAAGAUGGAGCCGAUCAGCGGAAGAGAGUCGCACAUCGAGCGCACAGCAACUGAGCCGCGGGAUUCUUUCCUUCCAGGUCAAUGGCUUGAUACCUAUGUCCCUAAUGUUACCAAGCCAGGCGGUUUUACCAUAACCAGCCCGCCCUCCAAAGCUCGGCUUCCCGGUUCGCCGUACCUUGAGCUUGCGGUUCAAAGGUCGCCAUCAAACCCGGCUGCUGCAUGGCUAUGGGACAAGUCGUUCAUCGGCGCUACAUUAAAUAUACGCGUUGGUGGCAGUUUCGUCUGGCCACCACAGGAACUAGAUCUUGCCUCUCUGCGACGCGUCGUUUUUGUAGCCGGCGGCGUGGGUGUGAACCCGCUGAUCAGCAUCGUCAGUCACUUGGCCGAGGACAAAUGUCCCUACGACAUUCAGUUUCUCUAUAGUGCUAAAGCGCCGAAAAAUAUCGACAAAGAAAAGCCAUUGUUCAUAGAAAGGCUUGCUGCCAUCUACGGACGAGAAAAGGUCCACGGUCGCCUCCAGUUGUUCCUCACAGGCCACAACGUGGCAAACGAGACGGUCCUGUCGUGUAACAAUGUUGACGUCCCCUUCAAGCCCCGUCGCAUGACCCUUGCCGAUGUGACCGAAGCUUUAGGACACAAGGAGGACCAUAAUGCCGCGGUUGUUUAUGUCUGUGGAGUACCAUCAAUGACAGACGAGUUUGUAGGAAGACUUGUCUCGCCUGACGAAUUAGGUCUCGACCGCGGACAGGUUCUCUGUGAGAAGUGGUGGUAG